ACCUCCUGUGCUCUCUUCUUCUGCCUCCCCUCCCCCCCUGCCAGCUAGUCAGCCGCCGAGUCGCCACGAUCAACCGUCCGCAACUUCGACUAAGGUCAGGCCGAGUCGCGUAUUCUCACGCCUAAGACACGAAACCGGGAAUCGUGGCAAGAUGAAGUCUGGGACCACCCCGCUCUACGCCACUGAUGCGCUGGCCGAGAGCGUGAGCAAGUAUGCCGAGGCCAAGUCGCUGGAGAUCCCGCGGCCGCUCCGCGAUUACCACGCCCGCAUUAUCAGAGACCACCCCGAGGACUCCAAUUACAUGAUCUCCAGCUUCCAGUCUCAGGCCCUGGUCUGGCUGGCGCGGCUCAUCGGGGCCAGGAGAGUCCUCGAGGUCGGUGUCUACGUUGGCUACUCGUCCAUGGUGUGGAGCCACGCCGUCGGCCCCGAAGGUACCGUGACGGGUCUCGAGUUUGACCCCGAGUAUGCCGACCAGGCGCGGACAGCCUGGAAGGAGCAUGGCUAUUCGAACAUCGAAGUGCAUGUCGGCCCCGCCGCCGAGACUCUGCCGCAGCUCUCGUUGACCCAGGAACCGUACGACAUCAUCUUCAUUGACGCAGAUAAGUCGGGAUAUCCCGGGUACUUGCGGGCGAUCCUAGAACGGUCUCCCGCGGGAUCAAAGCAGAGGCUGCUGCGGCAGGGCGGCGUGAUCGCGGCUGACAACACACUGCGGCGCGGUCUAGUUGCGGACGCGAGCGCUGCCGCCAACCCCUGGCGGCCGGCCGACUUCGGCAACGAGGAUUCCCGUGACCGCCGCGCCGUCCACGGCGUCAGCGAAUACAACGACGCUACUACUGCUAGCUUGCGCCUCGACACGUUUGUGUGCCCUCUGUGGGAUGGGCUUACGUUGUCUAGGCUUGUCGACUGAGGGUGGCCGAAGGAGGGUAGGGUAGGCUAAGGCCCGCUCAGGGCUUAAGGGGGUCGAGUAGGUGAUAGACCUGAUAGACAGACAUCAUCACGGGCAAUAGAAUGGGGGCCGCGUGACUCGAAGGUUUCUGCAUAGGUAGUCAUUUAGACCCACAGCUAGCUUCAUACGUCGAUGCUGAUAUUAUCUAAAGCCCGAAGUGUAGCUAUCGGACACCUCUUUUUUCUUGUCUGAAAAGAUGUAAUCCGCUCACGGUCGACGUCGCUAGGCUGAUGGGGAGGUCGAAAUUGCAUGUUGGCUUCUCGUUGUCGUGACUACUUGGUAUCUAAUCACUACAUAAAGGCAUACUUAUCUUGUGGCCACGGGAGGGUCU